GGUUAACUAUAAUUCUCUGGUAAGAGACUAAGAGUGUUCCGAUGUAAAACGGAGGAUCAUACUUGUACAGAACAUUACAAAACUGGUAUCCUGUCCACACUCAACUUUUUCGCCUUGACAAAGAUAGUUGGAUACAGUUAGCUCCAUGCACAUAAAGACGCACUUGUGAAAGAUGUUGCGAUUGUCACUUGGUGUAAAAAUAUUGUCCUCCCUUAAUUUGCAAGUUAGUCAGUGUAUUUGUACUUCUUUUCAAAAAUCGAGGAAAUACAGCAAAAACUUUCGGCGUUAUACGGAGGAAGAUAUUUGUAAUAUCCUUAUUAAAUCACUAGACAGUUAUAAAGACGUUCAAUUUGAACCAUACAGACUGAAAAACUUCACUCUCGGUUCAAGUUUUACAAAAGCUAACGUAAAAAUAGAACAAAUUAUCAAAGAUCUUACUGGAAAGUUGCUAGAUCCUUACCUUGUUGACGACAACACUGACACGUACUCGGAUUUGGUAGACUUCAAAUCAAUAUUUAGGAAUGGUUUUGAUUCUCUCAACCAAAACAUUGCAGAAGGAAAAACAGAUAAUGUUGAUAUUAACUUUGCAAUUCAGGCCAUUAAAACAAGCUUUUUACGGGACAAAGAUUUUCAUGAACUAUGCCUACAGAAGCUCUUUACAAAUGAUGAUGAUGAAGAUGAUGAAGUCAAUGAAGAAUUAAAAGUGACAGUCCUAUUGGCAAAUCAUCUUUUAUCAAGACUGGCAAUGCCAAGGCUUUCAACCAGUGCCAGAUUUGGAACACAUUUCUUUGUUGCUAAUGACUACCGUUCAAAAGAUUUUUACAGGAGAUGUCCAUGUGGUAUGUGCCGAGAAAAAAUACCAUACCAAAAUUCUGGGUUGGGAAGUGAGUUGUUAUGGUAUGGAUAUCCUGAUAUAAUCGUGUAUUCCCUUGGGGGAAAAUGUAAUAUAGUUCGGCCGCAACAGAAAGACAGAGAGGAUUUGCUUGCAGAGGAGGACAUUUACUUUGAAGCAGAAUUUGAUGAAAAACAGCUUAUAGAAGUUAAAAAACAUAAGGAUUUAUUAAGAUAUCCUAGAAAUAUCUCACAGUUUGUAGCUCAAUGUAUUACAUUUUCUUAUUAUCAGAAGCAUUUUCAGCUAAAACACAAGAAAAGCAGUCUGCCAGUUUCAUUUAUUCCAACCAUUGCUUUAAGUGGAACACAUUUUGAUAUUUACAUGUAUGACUCUGAUAAUGAUAUACUUUUAAGAAAUAAGGGGUCACCUAUUCCACUGUGGAGUAGGAAAAGGUAUCCAGAGGCUAAAUUAAAUAUGUCCUCUGUCUUACAGAUUUGGAUGAUUCUUAAUCACUUAUCAUUAAGCCCAUCACUUCCUGAAGAGAAAAUAAAAUUGAUGAAAGGGUCUUGUGAUUUUUUUCCUGUGUUAUCAUCCAAACGAGUAGACCUCAUAGCAGCAACAAUGACAAUGAAAAAAAGAUUUACACCCUGGGAAUAUGAAGAAAUUAAUAGUCUUCCGUUUCCUAAAGGAAAACUUAUCUCUGGUCCAUUAGAUAAAAAGAAAUGACACAUUAUAGUUAGGAAAUAAUCUUUUAAUUAAGAAAACACUAAAAACAUUUUUUUGAUCAAAGUAUCCUCCUUUUCAUUUUCAUAAUUUUCUGAUUUGUAAUGCAAGAGUAAAAAAUGAAAACAACUUUUUAGAAAUCUCAUGCAUCCAUUAAUUUGUAGAUCUAUAAUGGGAAAUUAAAGUGUAUGUAAAACCAAGUUGCACGAUAGCUACAUUUUAAUCCGUCAUAAAGAUUUACCGGAUAAUAUAUACAUAAUGUUGUUAAAAUUUACUAUCCGAAAUCUCUUUUAACCUUUUGAAUUAUCUCCAGCUUAAUUCUUUUUUGAAUAUAGUUGUCUACAUUUUUAAUGGAUGUGUCAUACAUGCACAUGUUUUCGGCAUAUAGUACACACAAUGUAAUUCUGUUUUAAAAAUAAUCCCUGUAAGUUAUGAGUUAAAGACAGUGAAACAGAAUGAUUGAUGGUGAUUUUGUUACAGCAGUGAGUUUGUUAUUUACAACUUUGUCAUGAAGCAUUUUUUGAAAAAAAGGUGUAGGUACAAUGUAUUUCAAAUUGAAGCACAUGAUAGUCAUGGGUAAUACUUGUAUGAAUGUCUUUUAUUUACUAGUUCAAGUGAAUUAUUUUGGAGUACAUCUCUUAGAUAUUCAAACCUUGAAAAUAAGAUAAAAAUCUUACAAAUUUGCAAGUAUAUAUUUCUUACAUCUCUCAAAAUAAAAGAUUUGUAUGAGUAUUAUUCCUGACUUUAGGUAUAUGAUCAGUCAUCACCAGCAAUUUACAUGACAUAUUGAAAACAGUUACCUUCAAUAUUUAUUCUUGAUUAACUGGAUAAGAUAGGGCAUUUUUAUUAUAUGAUCAUCAUUUUUAUGGUAUCUAGUAGUCUGUCUAUAUGUACUUGCCUGAUUUACUCAAGACUUUAUGAUGCCAGUAGGAUUAAUAAAAGCAAACUCCCUUUGUAAAUUUGUAAAUGAGGACAGAUUUUUUUCUUUGCAACAGGCAACCUGUUUACCAUUAAUACAGUUCAUUGCAGUCAACCAUGCACCAAACUUUGGCAACUUUACACUUGUGAAGAUUGGUGAAUGAAGGCCAACUUUGCAUUUUUUUUUAAAUUGUCUGGUCUGAUAUUCCUGAUGUAUAUGACUGUCACAUCUUUUAGACAAUACUGAUAUGUUGAGUAUAUCCUCAAGCAACAUUUUCUAAAGGACUGUUUUUUUUUAAAUCUGAUCAAAAACCUUCUAAAUAUUACAUUUUAUUCAUGUUACAAUCUCUGUAUGCAAAAAAAGGGUGUAUUAUGUGUAUCCAAGUGCAGCUGUUUAUUAAGUUAUUUACAGUCAAACAACUAUUAAUAGAAGGACACUUAUUAUUUUAAAUGUAUAAAAGAUAUUUAUUUAUAUUUUUCAUAUACACAUUUCAAUGAAUACAUUUAUUAUAUCAAGCAUGGCAUGUACAAUCAUAAUGAAAUACAAUUUGUGCAGAAUGUAAAUUAAGAUGUGAAGCUGCAGUUAAAUUUGAAAUAUUAUAUAUAGAACAAUAGCAAAUUUUUUUUAAUGAUGUUAUCAGCUAGAAUAGCAAUCAAGUCUGUAAGGCAAGACAUGAUAGAAGGUCCAGCACUUGUUUUUUUACUAAAAAAAAUAAAAUUAGUAUGUAAAAAACAUGACACUCAUAAAUCCUAUGAACUGUCAUUUAAACGUUUUCUAUGGUUUUGAAAUACAAAUAUACAUAAAGACACAAUAAUCCAUUCCAAAUAACAAAAUUUUUUACCUUUUAGUUAAAGAGGCACUAGCUGUCAAAUUCAUGGUAACCGAUUUAAUUCAAAUUGUCAUAUUUAAUUUAUAACAAUGUAAAACAUUUAUCCAAAUUAAACUAUCAAAAGUCUAAAGUAAACAAUUUACAGAGUAUGCUGUAAAAUGUAGUUUUGUUUCGUGUGUAUUUUAGUCUAGACUCCAUCUAAUGAACUACCGAGUUGACCUCAGAUGACCAUAUAAGCGAUGUAAACAUAAAUAUAGAUAUAAAUAGAAACAUCGUUUUUACCUGUACAAGGAAGAUUUUUUAUGGAUCGAAUCAGUCAUCAAAUGAUUAACAUUUGUUUCACUUUCAAUGUUGACAUUCUUUUCCUUUAAAUAACAAAUACACGUACAAUGCAUGUGUUGUCCAUCUUUAGUUGAGGUCGAAUUAUUCACUUGCAAGUGAAUAAUUCAUUAUCAAUGUUAUUUAGCUUAAUUUGACAAAAUUGAACCAUUUUAGCUGCUAAAAGCCAAUUAUUAUUUCACUUUUUCACUUUCAUUAUUGAUUGAUCAUUUUUAUAUAUCUCGUAGCUAGUGCCCCUUUAAGCAAAUUCCUGUUUGGUACAAAACUUUUGAAAGUUUGCUUACCUUUAUAAGUAACAGGACACAUUAACAAAAAACAGGCAAAUUCAAUCUUAUUUCCUUUAUCUGUAAAAUUAAUUGAAUUAAGGCACAAAGGGAGGUAAUUUGGUUUACUAUUCACCAAGCACUUUUAAAAUGUCUUUAUAAUACCUAAAGUCAUACAACUUUAUCCCUUUAUAUGCCAGGGUGGACACUUUUUCUAAUUUAAUUGCAACUGGGGAAUGUUUUCUUUUGGAGGAUAUAGCUGUUUUAUAUGCUGUCCACUUGGUCCGCUGUUACAAAAUAAAAUCUCAAAUGAAUAAGAUAUUGUGUUAUUUGCAUGGAAAUUUAAAACCUGCAUUUUAUCACAAUGAUUUGAGGCAACUACAAUUUUUAUAACACUAUGAUAUUUCACCUUUGUUAGCUUUAAAACUAAAAGUAUGCAUUAGCUACAAGGUGGAUAUCAUAUUUAAUUUUUGUAAAAGGUAUGGACAUGUUUUGUGAUUAAUUUUGUAAAAAAAUUGUAUCAUAAAUUUUCUUUUAAAAAAAAUCUAUUUUGUUUUGAAUUUGUACAAAUGCUUAGCUAUUGCUAAGUGCAUUUUACAUAUGCUUUUGUGAAAUUAUCUGCAUAUUUUAUCAUUAUAUUAUUUUAUUCUUUGUUAAUAACUAUUGCAGCUGCUUAUUUUUUUGUUAAAUGCAUAUUCACUGGUAUAUAGGGGAAUAAUUUGUUUAUUUAAGAAGAAAUUGAAUCAUUGUUUGUCUGUUAUAUAACUAUUUUAACAUAUACAAAUGCUUAGUUUUGUUAAAUGCACAUAGUUUGGUACUGUUGAAUACUAUAUGUAUAUUUGAUUUUUAACUUCUAAUACAUUUAAAACUUCUUUAUACAUUUUUUCAAUGAUAAAUAUUAUCUAUUAAAGAACUCAAAAACAA